CUGGAUUAAAUAAUUAUAUUUUUUUUACAUGCUGUGAUAAGAAGGAAAAAUUUCCCAUCCUUGAGUAACCAGAUGUAUACGAAAAAAUUGCUUUAAAUGAAACAAAAUAUACGUAAAAUUGCCAUUAAUUGGAUAAGCCUAAUUCUAGAAAUUUAACAAUAAAAAAAUCUUAACAAAAACUCUUGUUGUGGAUAAAAUUAAAUACAACAUUUAAGUGAAACUGUCGACGAUAACCAUAGAAAGCUUUUCAGCAAAUAUGCUGAAUAAUCUCAGCACAUCUGUAAUUGGAGACUUAUUUUUUAAUGGCAUUUCAGGAAGCCAAAAAGAUUGUGAUUUACCUAAAACGACUGUUUUGCAUGGAUCAAAUAAUUUUGGCCAAUUGCAAAGUCAAACAACGAACGUAUCAGACACAACAAAUAAUACACGAUUGCAUGUAUCCAGUGGCCUCUGUGAUUCACACAACAUGCACCAAGAUCAAAAUAAUGACAAAAAUAACAAACAGAAAAGACAUAGGACGAGAUUUACACCUGCUCAGCUGAAUGAGCUAGAAAGGUGCUUUAGCAAAACACAUUAUCCAGAUAUUUUCAUGAGAGAGGAGAUUGCAAUGAGAAUUGGAUUGACAGAAUCUCGUGUGCAGGUUUGGUUCCAAAAUAGACGUGCCAAAUGGAAGAAGCGGAAGAAGACUACUAAUGUAUUUAGAACACCAGGUUCUUUAUUGCCAUCACAUGGUUUACCACCUUUUGGUGCAAAUAUAACAAAUAUUGCCAUGAGUGAAAGUUUAUGUGGAACAUCAAUGUUUGGUAGUGAACGAUGGAGUGUUGGAGUGAAUCCAAUGACUGCUGGCUUUGGGCAACUUAAUCAAUCAUCCUCCCUAACACAAUCGCUAAAUGGAGCUUUAAAUUCUGGUAUUAACAUGUCUUCUGCCAUGAGUUCGGGUACCUACCAGCAUUACGGACUUAAUUUAGGUGAUUCUAUGAUGUAUCAUAAUACAUCGAACACAAAUGGAAAUUGUUCUGGUCCCGGAAACAGUUCACCGAAUUCUACUCCACCAAAUAUCAACGCAUGUUCUUCAACGACUCCACCAUUAUCAAGUGGACAAACAAAUCAGAGUGAUGGAAAUGGCAACGAUAUGAAUUCGAAUCAGCAACAGCUUGUUAGUUGUCAGAAUAUAUCGUCCAAUGAGGGAGAAGAUGAUGUAUGGCGAGGACACAGUAUAGCAGCGCUCAGACGGCGAGCAUCUGAAUUAAAUGCUACAGCAUCAAUACCAAUUUAUGCUCAUAAUUAUGAACAUCAUGUGUACUAGCCUUAAACUCAACUUUGAAAUUUUAAUUGCCCAAAAAUUCAUGCUGAAAGUAUUUAAAUAAUUUUAUCAUUGAUUAUUUUUUAAUGAAAUCGUCAUACAAAAAUCGUAAAAUAAUAGUUUGAGUCAUUUCCAUUAAAAAGUUUUUAAAAGUUUAAUACUAGAGGGCAGUAUUCAGCAAUUCAAAAUUUUAAAUUCAGUUUUAUUUACAUGAUGCAAAAAUAUCAUUAAACAGUGAGAAACAAAUUAUUAUUAAUGCAAUUGCUCAAGAAUGUCUUUAAAAUCAUGUUUGCGAAUUGUUUUAGGAAUUGUAAAUAGGAUUGAAAAUGCUCGACAAGAAAAAAAAAAUUAUAAAUCACUAUUGAAUACUCCAUGUGUAUAUAACCGUAUAUGUGCAAAUUAAGGCGAAAAGAUUUUCAAAAUUUAAGCAAAAAGUUGAAAACGUCUUUAUUAUUCUGAAAUAACCAAGUUUUUUUCUUUUCUUAUUUCAAUACCG